AUGUUCAUGCGGAACGGAUGGGUCUCGGAUGCCCCAUUCGCGCUCAACGGAACGAACAUAUCCGAAUGCGCCAGCUACGUUUAUCUGUGUCGGGAACUGAACAUGAUGAACGACCUGACCCUUGAGCUGGGCAGAAGGAGAAGAGCGGCCUGGAGAGCGUAUAAGAGCAUUGAGGACGUAGUGAAGAAGGUCAGAAGCACUCGGUUCCGUGCUCACCUCUUCAGCAACACCGUACUUCCUGCUUUGACCUAUGCUUCGGGAAGCUGGGCAUUUCGCAAGCAGGAAGAAAACGCGGUGAACGUCAUUGAACGCGCAAUUGAGAGAGUGAUGCUAGGAGUAUCCGCAAGUGAGGGACGAGAUUUGAAGUUCUCUCCUACGUCAGCGAUUUAA